UCCUCGUGAUGACAGCGAAUGACAGCAGCACAGUUCGCUCCUGCAGCAGAUCCAGAGUGAGACGGCUAACCCCCAGCGAACUGCCCGUGUGACUCGACUCAUCCUCGGAUCAGCUGCGUUUGGAGAUACCGAGAACAACCAGCACACGAUAAUUACGCUCGUUAUUUACCUCUCGCCUGCCUGAGCUGGUGAAGAUGGUGAAGCCAGACAUCCACACUCUGGCCCACCACCUGAAGCAGGAGCGGCUGUAUGUGGGGUCGGAAAAGCAGCUAAUCCAGAGGCUCAACAGUGAUGUGCUGAAGACAGCUGAGAGGCUGUACAGGGCCGCAUGGAUCGCCAAGCAGCAGAGGAUCAACCUCGAUCGUCUCAUUCUCACCAGUGUGGAGGCCUCUCCUGCCGAAUGCUGCCAACAUGCCAAAAUGUUGGAGGACACACAGUUUGUUGAUGGCUACAAGACCCUGGGCUUCCAGGAGACGAUCUAUGGCGAGUUUUUGGCCCGGUUGAGGGAGAACCCCAGACUGGUAGCUUCCUGCCUGGUGGCAGGAGAGAGGCUGAACCAGGAGCACACCCCCGGGGUCAUCUAUACAGUCUUCACCUCACUAUAUGGCAACUGUAUCAUGCAGGAGGAUGAGAGCUAUUUGCUACAGGUGUUGCGGUACCUGGUAGAGUUUGAGCUGAAGGAGAGUGACAACCCUCGCCGUCUGCUGCGACGGGGAACCUGUGCCUUCAGCAUCCUUUUCAAGCUCUUCUCAGAGGGCCUGUACUCAGCCAAGCUCUUCCUCACUGCCACCCUCCACGAACCUAUUAUGCAGCUACUGGUGGAAGAUGAAGACCACCUGGAGACGGACCCAGGCAAGGUUACAGAGCGCCUCACUCCGGCUCAGCAGGAGCGCUUCGGAGAGAAGGGCUCUGAUGGCUACAAACAAAGGGUGCAGGCAGCUGUGGAGGCCAACGAAGCCAAGCUGGUGGCUCUGGUCAACAAAUUUAUUGGUUACUUGAAGCAAAACACCUACUGCUUCCCCCACAGCCUGCGCUGGAUUGUGUCCCAGAUGUACAAGACCUUGUCAUGUGUGGAGCGUCUGGAAGUAGGUGAGGUGCGCACCAUGUGUACAGACCUGCUGCUGACCUGCUUCAUCUGUCCAGCUAUCGUCAACCCGGAGCAGUAUGGUAUAAUCUCUGAUGCCCCCAUCAAUGAAGUUGCACGCUUUAAUCUAAUGCAGGUGGGGCAGCUUUUGCAGCAGUUGGCAAUGGCUGAUGAUGAUUCAGAUCCAAGGCGGAAAAGCAGUUUGUCUAAAUUUGAUAAGAGUUGUGUUGCUGCCUUUCUGGAUGUGGUAAUCGGAGGAAGAGCAGCUGAGACCCCACCCAUGUCCUCGAUGAACCUUCUAGAAGGCCUCAGCAGGACUGUGGUCUAUAUUACACACAAUCAGCUGCUGUCAAUGGUGGACUUUGUGCGCAGUGUGACUGCAGGGGACCAGCUCCGGGAGGAGGAGCACAUGGCCCUGGAGAACCUGCUGGCCAACGUGCCCCAGUCUCGAACUGUGAAGAGCAACAGUCUGGAGCUCACUCCCUCCAACACCCCCCAGCUCUCCCCGGCUACCACUCCUGCCAACAAGAAGAACAGGCUCCCCAUAGGACAACACUUAGCUGCCAUAACAUCCUGGGACCCCACAAGCACCUCUCUGUCUGCCCACAUUCCAUUAGUAGCCCCUUUUGCUGCUGCUCGUAGCCGCAGCCGUACCAACAUAGCCCAGGAGGGGGAGGCAGAGGCCAGCUCCCAAGAGUCCCUUCAGGAGACGGAGCCAGAGGAGGUGCUUGUGAUUUCACUAGGAACUGGUCCUCAGACGGUCCCUGGGAUGAUGUCAGAGAAUGAGGUUUUGAACCUGCAGAUUGCUGAUGGGGCCCAGGGAGAUAGUCAUGCUGAUGAUACCAAACUGCAUGGUAAACCAGACAAAACCCUGCGCUUCUCCCUCUGCAGUGACAACUUGGAAGGCAUCUCAGAGGGUCCUUCCAAUCGUUCUAAUUCAGUCUCGUCUCUGGACCUGGAGGGAGAGUCUGUCUCUGAGCUCGGAGCUGGACCCUCAGGCAGCAACGGGGUGGAGGCUCUGCAGCUUUUGGAACAUGAACAGGCCACCACUCAGGACAACCUGGAUGAUAAACUGCGCAAGUUUGAGAUCAGAGACAUGAUGGGACUGACAGAUGAUCGGGACAUCUCUGAGACAGUCAGCGAAACCUGGAGCACCGACGUGCUCGGCAGUGACUUCGACCCUAACAUGGAUGAGGAUCGGCUUCAGGAAAUAGCUGGGGCAGCUGCAGAGAACAUGCUUGGCAGCCUGCUGUAUCCUCCUGGCUCAAGUUCAGUGCUGCUGGACCCCUACGGCUCCACCAUCUCAGAGACCACAAGUGAGGCCUGGAGCGUGGAGGUCCUGCCCAGCGACUCAGAGGCCCCAGACCUGAAACAGGAGGAGCGUCUGCAGGAGCUGGAGAGCUGCUCAGGGGUCGGCAGCACCUCAGACGACACAGAGGUCAGAGAGGUCAGCUCGAGACCCAGCACCCCGGGCCUCAGCGUUGUCUCAGGUGUCAGUGCAACCUCAGAAGACAUCCCCAACAAGAUCGAGGACUUGCGGUCAGAGUGCAGCUCAGACUUUGGAGGGAAGGACUCUGUGACCAGUCCAGAUGGGGAGGAGUCAAGCCACGGAGCGCACCAUCUGACAUCUCCACCCUCACAGACCGAUUCCUUACUGGCCAUGUUCGAUCCCCUCUCCUCUGGCGAAGGCUCUUCCACUGGAACAAUUGUGCGGCCCAAAGUGCACUACGCCAGGCCGGCUCACCCUCCACCUGACCCUCCCAUCCCUGAGGCCAGCGCCCUGGGGCCAGAGACGCGCCACUCUCUGUUCAUGCCCCACUGCUUGGCCCAGUCUGAGCUGGAGCACACCAAGCAGCGCCACUCCUUCCCUGACAGGAUGGUCCGCAGCCGCAGCUCUGACAUAGUGUGCCCAGGGCGUCGGCCCACGAGCGACCCCGGCCUGAACCGACGGGUAGCAGUUGAAGAGCGCGACCCUGCCGGGGCCUUCGCCUUAGGACCGUCCUCAUCCCCCAGCAAGGACUCCCUGAAAGGAGAGAUUGAGGACAGGAAAGAUAGUGACGACGAGAAGUCUGAUCGCAACAGACCCUGGUGGAAGAAACGUUUUGUGUCAGCCAUUCCCAAAGUGCUGUAUUGGACGGCUGAGAGUGAUGUCCCAGCUCCAAUCGCAGCAUUUCGGAAAAGGGACAAACAAGAGAAAGAUGACAUUGUCCAGGAGCGUAUUUCACAAGAUGAGCUGUUGCCCAGACAUAGCAGUCAAGCACAGGCAGCUGAAGACAUCCUAGACAAGUACAGGAACAUCAAGAGGCCCAGCCAAAAUGAUGGAGCAGCAACUGGAGCUUCCUAUGACGGUACCGGAGAUCUUUGUGGCGAAGACAACGUUCACGACUCUCCAAGAGACGACGCUCUGCAGAAUAUGUCCACAGAUGACCUCCCAGACUCGGCCAGCCAGUCAGCAAACCAGCACGACUCCAAGUUCUCUUUCAGUGAUGCAAAGAAGAAGUUGAGGUUAGCGCUGUGUUCUGCAGACUCUGUGGCUCUGCCCAUCAUGGCUCCUGCCACCACCAGAAAUGGGCUGCCCGAUCACAUGGAUUCUGAAGACAAUGAUAUCGUCUGCUUCCUGAAAGUCCAGCUCGCGGAAGCCAUCAACCUCCAGGAUAAGAACCAGAUGGCCCAGAUCCAGGAGACCACACGCUGCGUCGGCCGCUUCGAUGCACGCACCUGCAGGAAGCUGCUGGCUGCCAUUGCGGAUGAUUACAGAAAGCGGGCACCAUACAUAGCUUAUUUAACCAGGUGUCGUCAGGGCCUGCAGACCUCUCAGGCUCAUCUGGAGCGGCUCCUCCAGAGGGUGCUCAGAGACAAGGAGGUUGCGAACCGCUACUUCACCACUGUCUGUGUUCGACUCCUUCUGGAACACAUGGAAUCCAAGAUGCUUGACUUUACUAAGGCGUUCCAGGGGUGCACAGCGUCGGAUGACAAGACAGCAGCAGUGGAGGAUUUUCUGCGCUACUUGUACGGUGCUAUGGCCCGUGAUGCCAUUUGGCAGUAUGCAAGCGAGGACCAGCUGCAGGAUGCCCAGAUGGCUAUCGAGCGCAGCGUUAUGAACCGCAUCUUCAAACUGGCUUUCUACCCCAACCAGGAUGGAGAUAUUCUCAGAGACCAGCUUUUACAUGAACACAUCCAGCGGGUCUCAAAAGUAGUGACGGCCACUCACAAAGCUCUUCAAAUCCCAGAGGUUUACUUGAGGGAGGCUCCCUGGCCGUCUGCACAGUCAGAGAUCAGGACCAUCAAUGCAUACAAGACGCCACGGGACAAAGUCCAGUGUAUACUGCGCAUGUGUUCCACCAUCAUGAACCUCCUCAGUUUGGCCAAUGAAGACUCCGUCCCUGGAGCGGACGACUUUGUCCCUGUCCUCGUCUUUGUCCUGAUCAGGGCAAACCCGCCCUGCCUGCUGUCCACCGUUCAGUACAUCAAUAAUUUCUACGCCAGCCGGCUGAGUGGGGAGGAGUGCUAUUGGUGGAUGCAGUUCACCGCGGCGGUGGAAUUCAUUAAGACCAUCGACGAUCGCAAGUGAAGCAGAACAGCCACCUGUAUGGGCAGACUGCGGGGGAAGGAGCCGGGAGACUGGGAGUCUUCCCAACCAACUGCUCCCUCUGCACAGUUUAUAAAACCUGGCCCUCAGCCUGCUCUUUAUUUGUAUAGCUUGUACAUAGCCAGAGACACUGAAAGAUUACAAAAUAUAUAUUACUGUAUGUAUGUGGACAAAUCCAGGUUUUAGCUGUGGUGAAAAAAAAUGGCCUUGGCGGAAAAAUUGGCAAGAUGUUACGGAUUUGGAUUUUUCCUUUUACCUUUCUCUCUUCAGUCAUGUUUCACUUUUGGGGGUCUGUAUUAAGAAUUUUAUAUACACACAGUUACCAGUAUGACAUUAAAUCAACAUAAAAGAUAAUCCUAUGUAGGGAUAUAGGGACCAGACUUGCUUGAUGUGAUCACUGAUCUUAUUUUUCCCCCCAGAGUGAGAGGGAAGGGCUUCCAAUUAAAUUACAUUAUAAUGUUGAUUAAAUGCUUUGUAACGUGGGGAUUGACAGUGCGUGAUAAGAUACUGGUGGGAAUUGGUGACUCAUAAACACUGAAAUCAAUUCACAAUAACCAUACUCAUCAGGUUAGUGUAUCAGACAGUAGGGCAGCUUAUUUCAUGAACUGUUUACUUCAUCCUAUUCCCAAAAAACACGUGUCAGUAACAAUUUGGACAUAAGGGCCCACGUAUUUAUAUGAAAUAAAAUGUAUUUAUUUCUGUAAAUCUAUUUAAUGCUUUGUUGAUCUAAUUUCAAACAUAAUGGAAAUGCUCAUUAUGGCCAUUCAAGAUGUCUGAGGCAAGUAGUGGCGGCAUCAUAAUAAACUUGCAAGAAAAGCUUGAGAUAAGAAAGGCACCUUAGCAAUGAGUCGCCCUCGGGGGGGGGGGGGGGCUUCGGGGCGAUCGUGAUACAGGGUCAAUUCAUGCACAGAGUAGUGGUGACAUUUAUGAAAAUAAUGGAAUCAGUGCCUUUGGUAGGGGGCACUCUUUACAGGCUUUGAUGAGGGUGUUUUUUUAUUUCUUUAUCCAGAAUAGGCAUUAUCCCCACCCACCCCCACACACCCACUCUCUCUCUCAGACCAAUGGGUCAACCAUGUCUCGCUGAGGAGCCUUAGUCCAGCCCUCGCUGCAGAAACCCCUCUGGAUUUCUGGAUCUUACCUUACAGUUGAAACCAACGGGCCUGAUGUCAGUCUGUAACCUUUAACCUGUCCUUCAUUGGUUGACAACAAUGUACUGGAUUUUUUUUUUUUUGCACUGGUUAUAAAAUAGUAAAAACAAUGAAGGGAAAGGGAGGAAAGUUGGAUCUUGAGCUGCUGUGAUGCCUGUUGUGGUCACGUCACCUUAAUUAACACAAGCCUUCGUUAGCGAACAAAGAUGCUUUGGUUUCUAAUCUUCUAGCUGAGAUGUCACAUGUGUCUGUGUGAGCAGACUAGUGAACUAUUGGAUGUUAGCUCUACCUCCUCAUAAGUUCAAGAAAGGGACUCGUGUUUAUGUGCACUUAUAUUUUCUUUCUUUUUUUCUCCAAUUUGCCGUGCUGUGAUAUCCCAGUGUCAUUGUAUCUUUCCAUUAUAGUACGAGCAUGUCUUUUAUUAUCCAGAAACGACUAAAUCUCCUUUUCUCUCGAAAUCCUCUGCUUCAUUUUUGUGCACGGACGUGCCACGUGUAUUAUAGUUUUCAAUAAUGAACCAUUUCUUUUCAUGGUUAAUGCCCUGACAGCACAAUACACAGUAGGAUAGAAGAGCAAGUCAUUCGCAGUAGAUGCUGAAGUGGUUGGUGUAGUACAUGAAGUGUGUUUUUUAUUUUUGUUCCGUCUAGUGAGACGACUGCGUGAUUGGUUGACCCUCUGCCUCCUCUUGCAUGAAGUCAUUGAAUGGUCUGUACAUCCUCAGUCAUGAUAAACAGUAGAAUAGGAUUAGAAUCUGCCACAGGCCAGUAAUUGAACCUGCAAGAGGAGGUAAAGCUUCUCUUUGUGAUACUUGCAUAUCAGAACUCGAUUUUAUUUUGCACAAAGCAGAUGGCUCUUCCGAUCUGACAGGGAGCAGUCUAUUUUGAAAUGUCGUUUCUUUUGGCCUUAACAGUCGUAAACAUAAACAUAUUGUGAUUAAAAUAAUAUUUGAGUAGCAAACGUUAAGCACCUGACUGUUACUUUCUCAAGCUGAUGAGCACCCGGGUUUAUGAGCAAAUGCAUUUUUACAUCCGUCUGCAGGAGCAUGUGCAGCAGAUUCGUAUGUGCAGUACAUUUCCUUUGCAGACUAAUCAAUUUGAUGAGAAAACCAUGCACUGGAAAAUCCAGUUGCAGGUUGCAUCUAUACUAAUUACGUUUAUGUGAUGUCACUUUAAUUGGAAAUACAUACUGCACAGAUCUGAUGAAAUUAUUUGGACCUGGCUUAUGUUUCAGCGUUUCCCCGAACAGCCGGUCGCAGCAGCUACAAACGACCCCAGCGAAGAACUGAUCAAAACAACAAAUAACACACACAAACACACACACACAGAUAUAUAUAUAUGGCUGUGAUAUAGCACCUGUGUUUUUUUAGCUGUGAUCGUAUGCAAACCACUGGACAGUGGCGUGGAGUGAGCAGACAGGAGCUGGUCCGGAGCUCUAAUGCUCUGCUCCCUGUACAUUUUCAGUUUCAAGGCUCAGCAGACAAGAAAAGAAAAAGUUUUUCAUCUUACAUCUAAUUUUCCAUUUAAUUGUAAGCUUGCACAAUUAUGACAUGCGGGGAAAGCCGGUUUGUCUUUACUGUGAUUUAAUGCAUUAUGUAAUUCUUUAAAAACAAUAAAAGAAGCAGAAGUUUU